CGGCGCUCGUGUCCCCGCCCUCCCCCAGCCCUGCGAGCCCCCCGAGCUGCGCCGUGGGGUGACGGGACCGAGAGCAGUUCCUGUCCCCGGCCCCGGCGCGGGGGAGACGUGAGCGUGCACACGUACACACACAGCAGGGGAAGAGGCGCUCCAAGCGGCGCCCAACUUUCUCCUUCCCUCCACGGGCCGGGUGAGAAAGUAGCCGGGGGCUAUCCCGACCCGGCGGUUCUUGGGGAGGGGGCCGAACAAGAAAAGGGAGGAGAUGGAGAUAAUUUCCCCGGAUUUAGCUUUUUUUGUCUUUGUUUUUGUUCUCACCACUUCCAUCGGAUGACUGGAGAGUAAAAGGGAACCCGGAGCGGGGUGGCGAGCAGCGCCUUGAGAAAAUGCAGGAGUGUGUUUGGAGACGCGUAAAGUUGCCUUUCAAGCUCUGGCCUCCGGGCACGCGAUACUCCGCGGCGGGCUGACUCAGGGCUGCCUUGGGCCUCCCUGCCACCCUCCUGGAAAUGAUGCAAGUCCUGACUGUCACCUGGAUCCCUGCAGCCCAGCCUGGAAUGCGUCUGGAUUAGGGGAAAGACGAGAAACGACACUCCAGGUGUUGCACGGCCCACCAAAGCGGGAAGAUAGGGCAGUUGCUCAGACCAAAUACUGUAUCUAGUGCUUCUGCUCCUAUCUUCAAUCGUGGGGUUCUUUUUAAUGCAAAGUGUCACAAGGCCAGGAAUUCCCAUGUGUGCUCAGUUGGCCCACAGCAUCAUUGUGCCUAGGAAACUGCUUCAAUUUAUUAAGUCCUCUGGGCUGGGAAUCUCACUGAAUUCCAAACGGCGGAAAGAGGAAACUUUCCCAACCCGAUGUGGGUGUGACGCGAGCCUGGCGCCCCAGGGACACUGUCCCAGAGCACACCGUCCCCUUUUAACAGCAACUGGAGCUUGGAUUCGCUCUUAUAUUCUACAGUCCUUUCGACCAUUGCCCUGGAGCACCCGCACACGCGCACGCAUCUCCGGCCGCGCUCACACACACUCAUACACACGCACGCAAACGCGUGGCCGCCGCCAGGUCGGCAACUUUGUCCGGCGCUCUCAGCGGCGCUCGGCUUCCUCCUGUAGUAGUUGAGCGCAGGCCCCGCCUCCCGGCCGUGUUGUCAAAAGGGCCGGGGUCUCGGAUUGGUCCAGCCGUCGGGACAACACCUGCUCGACUCCUUCAUUCAAGUGACACCAGAGCUUCCAGGGAUAUUUGAGGCACCAUCCCUGCCAUUGCCGGGCACUCGCGGCGCUGCUAACGGCCUGGUCACAUGCUCUCCGGAGAGCUACGGGAGGGCGCUGGGUAACCUCUAUCCGAGCCGCGGCCGCGAGGAGGAGGGAAAAGGCGAGCAAAAAGGAAGAGUGGGAGGAGGAGGGGAAGCGGCGAAGGAGGAAGAGGAGGAGGAGGAAGAGGGGAGCACAAAGGAUCCAGGUCUCCCGACGGGAGGUUAAUACCAAGAACCAUGUGUGCCGAGCGGCUGGGCCAGUUCAUGACCCUGGCUUUGGUGUUGGCCACCUUUGACCCGGCGCGGGGGACCGACGCCACCAACCCACCCGAGGGUCCCCAAGACAGGAGCUCCCAGCAGAAAGGCCGCCUGUCCCUGCAGAAUACAGCGGAGAUCCAGCACUGUUUGGUCAACGCUGGCGAUGUGGGGUGUGGCGUGUUUGAAUGUUUCGAGAACAACUCUUGUGAGAUUCGGGGCUUACAUGGGAUUUGCAUGACUUUUCUGCACAACGCUGGAAAAUUUGAUGCCCAGGGCAAGUCAUUCAUCAAAGACGCCUUGAAAUGUAAGGCCCACGCUCUGCGGCACAGGUUCGGCUGCAUAAGCCGGAAGUGCCCGGCCAUCAGGGAAAUGGUGUCCCAGUUGCAGCGGGAAUGCUACCUCAAGCACGACCUGUGCGCCGCUGCCCAGGAGAACACCCGGGUGAUAGUGGAGAUGAUCCAUUUCAAGGACUUGCUGCUGCACGAACCCUACGUGGACCUCGUGAACUUGCUGCUGACCUGUGGGGAGGAGGUGAAGGAGGCCAUCACCCACAGCGUGCAGGUUCAGUGUGAGCAGAACUGGGGAAGCCUGUGCUCCAUCUUGAGCUUCUGCACCUCGGCCAUCCAGAGGCCUCCCACGGCACCCCCCGAGCGCCAGCCCCAGGUGGACAGAAGCAAGCUCUCCAGGGCCCACCACGGGGAAGCAGGACAUCACCUCCCAGAGCCCAGCAGUAGGGAGACUGGCCGAGGUGCCAAGGGUGAGCGAGGUAGCAAGAGCCACCCAAACGCCCAUGCCCGAGGCAGAGUCGGGAGCCUUGUGGCUCAGGGACCUUCCGGAAGCAGCGAGUGGGAGGACGAACAGUCUGAGUAUUCUGAUAUCCGGAGGUGAAAUGAAAGGCCUGGCCACGAAAUCUUUCCUCCACGCCGUCCAUUUUCUUAUCUAUGGACAUUCCAAAACAUUUACCAUUAGAGAGGGGGGAUGUCACACGCAGGAUUCUGUGGGGACUGUGGACUUCAUCGAGGUGUGUGUUCGCGGAACAGACAGGUGAGAUGGAGACCCCUGGGGCCGUGGGGUCUCAGGGGUGCCUGGUGAAUUCUGCACUUACACGUACUCAAGGGAGCGCGCCCGCGUUAUCCUUGUACCUUUGUCUUCUUUCCAUCUGUGGAGUCAGUGGGUGUCGGCCGCUCUGUUGUGGGGGAGGUGAACCAGGGAGGGGCAGGGUAAGGCAGGGCCCCCAGAGCUGGGCCACACAGUGGGUGCUGGGCCUCGCCCCGAAGCUUCUGGUGCAGCAGCCUCUGGUGCUGUCUCCGCGGAAGUCAGGGCGGCUGGAUUCCAGGACAGGAGUGAAUGUAAAAAUAAAUAUCGCUUAGAAUGCAGGAGAAGGGUGGAGAGGAGGCAGGGGCCGAGGGGGUGCUUGGUGCCAAACUGAAAUUCAGUUUCUUGUGUGGGACCUUGCGGUUCAGAGCUCUUGGCGAGGGUGGAGGGAGGAGUGUCAUUUCUAUGUGUAAUUUCUGAGCCAUUGUACUGUCUGGGCUGGGGGGGACACUGUCCAAGGGAGUGGCCCCUAUGAGUUUAUAUUUUAACCACUGCUUCAAAUCUCAAUUUCACUUUUUUAUUUAUCCAGUUAUAUCUACAUAUCUGUCAUCUAAAUAAAUGGCUUUCAAACAAAGCAACUGGGUCAUUAAAACCAGCUCAAAGGGGGUUUAAAAAAAAAAAACCAGCCCAUCCUUUGAGGCUGAUUUUUCUUUUUUUUAAGUUCUAUUUUAAAAGCUAUCAAACAGCGACAUAGCCAUACAUCUGACUGCCUGACAUGGACUCCUGCCCACUUGGGGGAAACCUUAUACCCAGAGGAAAAUACACACCUGGGGAGUACAUUUGACAAAUUUCCCUUAGGAUUUCGUUAUCUCACCUUGCCUCAGCCAAGAUUGGUAAAGCUGCGUCCUGGCGAUUCCAGGAGACCCAGCUGGAAACCUGGCUUCUCCAUGUGAGGGGAUGGGAAAGGAAAGAAGAGAAGGAAGACUACUUAGUAAUUCCCAUCAGGAAAUGCUGACCUUUUACAUAAAAUCAAGGAGACUGCUGAAAAUCUCUAAGGGACAGGAUUUUCCAGAUCCUAAUUGGAAAUUCAGCAAUAAGGAGAGGAGUCCAAGGGGACAAAUAAAGGCAGAGAGAAGAGACAGAACUAAAAAUACGAGGAAAGGAGAGUGAGGAUUUUCAUUAAAAGUCUCAGCAGUGGGUUUCUUGGGUUAUUUAAAACAUCACCUAAAUAGGCCUUUUCUUCCUAAUUGGCCAUCAAAUUAAAGCCUAUCCUUUCUCAAGCAGGAGCUGGUAUUGUAGGGAGUGGCCGGGUGUUCUGGGCUGGGCUCUUGUGGAGUAGGGGUCAGCAAACAUUGUCUGCAAAGGGCCAGAUACUGAAUCCAGUACUUUCAGUUUGGCGAGCCGUGAGGUCUCUGUCGAAACUACUCAACUCUGCCGUCCUAGCACAAAAGCAGCCAUAGACAACACACAAACGAGAGGGCUUGGCUCCCUUCCAGGAAGAUUUAUUUAACAGGCCCCCAGCUGAAUUUCACUCACAGGACACAGUUUACUGAUCUCUGUUCUAGUGAGUGGGUCAAAAAGCAUAUGCAUCCUUAUCCGUCAACUCAUCAGCUCUUCCUCAAGGCAACCUGAGGCCAGACACCAAGAAACCAAGCGUAUCUGCUCUAAAAUGACUUGUUCCUGGGGAAUGCCUUCAACCAAAACACAGCUAGUAUUUCUAUGCCCCAAAUCCAAUCCCAGUCUUUCAUGAUCCAUGCCGGCGGUUGGGUGGGGAGGGGAAUCAUCGGUUGGGGGAAGGGAGGAAACCCCACCUCCAGCCCCCGCCACCGGGCCCCCGGGCACCCAGCAAGAUCUGGGGCUGCAGAGAACAGAAGAGCUGGUGCACUUAAUCCAGCUCUGCACUUGGGGGGAGGAGGACCUGUGUGUCAGGCUCUGCCAUGGGAACGAGUGUAAACCGUGGCUGUCUCCUGCAGUGAGCCACCGCGGCAGGCACGUUGACUGUUUUACUGACAUCACUCAAAAGCUAAAGCAAUAACAUUCUCCUGCGUUGCUGAGUCAGCUGUUCAUUUGUCCGCCAGCUCCUGGACUGGAUGUGUGAAAGGCAUCACAUUUCCAUUUUCCUCCGUGUAAAUGUUUUAUGUGUUCGCCUACUGAUGUCCCGUUCGUUGCUUCUAUUGUAAAUAUUUGUCAUUUGUAUUUAUUAUCUCUGUGUUUUCCCCCUAAGGCAUAAAAUGGCUUACUAUGUUCAUUUGAACCCAUUUACUGAUCUCUGUUUUAUAUUUUUCAUGCCACUGCUUUGUUUUCUUCUCAGAAGUCAGGUAGAUAGCAUUUCUAUCCCGUCCCUCACGUUACUGGAAGCAUACAACAGUAUUUAUUGCUCAGUGUCUUCUGCUUAAAACUGAGGAAGGUCCACAUUCCUGCAAGCAUUGAUUGAGACAUUUGCACAAUCUAAAAUGUAAGCAAAGUAGUCAUUAAAAAUACACCCUCUACUUGGGCUUUAUACUGCAUACAAAUUUACUCAUGAGCCUUCCUUUGAGGAAGGAUGUGGAUCUCCAAAUAAAGAUUUAGUGUUUAUUUUGAGCUCUGCAUGUUAACAAGAUGAUCUGAACACCUCUCCUUUGUAUCAAUAAAUAGCCCUGUUAUUCUGAAGUGAGAGGACCAAGUAUAGUAAAAUGCUGACAUCUAAAACUAAAUAAAUAGAAAACACCAGGCCAGAACUAUAGUCAUACUCACACAAAGGGAGAAAUUUAAACUCGAACCAAGCAAAAGGCUUCACGGAAAUAGCAUGGAAAAACAAUGCUUCCAGUGGCCACUUCCUAAGGAGGAACAACCCCGUCUGAUCUCAGAAUUGGCACCACGUGAGCUUGCUAAGUGAUAAUAUCUGUUUCUACUACGGAUUUAGGCAACAGGACCUGUACAUUGUCACAUUGCAUUAUUUUUCUUCAAGCAUUAAUAAAAGUUUUAAAUAAAUGGC